GGAAUCCGUGUAACCAGGCUUGGGGUCUGGUCCUUUUUUGGGGCUGCUGUGGGUGGAGGCAGAGGGUGACGAGACCUAGGGGCUAUAAAACUUAACAAACCAGGGAGGGAGAGUGCACCAUCCCAGAGUAAAGGACCCCGGCAAAGCACCGACAGGACUCAGCAAGGUUGACCAUGUGUGACGAGGAGGAAAGCACAGCGCUGGUUUGCGACAACGGCUCCGGACUGUGUAAGGCUGGCUUCGCCGGGGAUGACGCUCCUCGGGCCGUUUUCCCUUCCAUCGUGGGCCGCCCACGGCACCAGGGCGUCAUGGUCGGGAUGGGCCAGAAAGACAGCUAUGUAGGUGACGAGGCUCAGAGCAAGAGAGGUAUCCUAACCUUGAAAUAUCCCAUCGAGCACGGAAUCAUCACAAAUUGGGACGAUAUGGAGAAGAUCUGGCACCAUACUUUCUAUAAUGAGCUUCGAGUGGCUCCCGAAGAACAUCCAACUCUCCUCACCGAGGCUCCCCUCAAUCCCAAAGCCAACCGCGAGAAGAUGACCCAGAUCAUGUUUGAGACAUUUAACGUGCCAGCCAUGUAUGUUGCUAUACAAGCCGUGCUAUCCCUUUACGCCUCCGGCCGUACAACCGGUAUUGUGCUGGACUCCGGAGAUGGUGUCACCCACAACGUGCCAAUCUACGAGGGCUACGCCCUGCCCCAUGCCAUCAUGCGUCUGGACCUGGCUGGCCGCGAUCUCACAGACUACCUCAUGAAAAUCCUCACUGAACGUGGCUAUUCGUUCGUCACUACAGCUGAACGCGAGAUUGUCCGUGACAUUAAAGAGAAACUGUGCUAUGUGGCUCUUGACUUUGAGAAUGAAAUGGCCACUGCGGCCUCCUCUUCCUCUUUGGAGAAAAGUUAUGAGCUGCCCGAUGGCCAGGUCAUCACCAUAGGCAACGAGCGUUUCCGAUGCCCCGAGACUCUCUUCCAACCUUCUUUCAUUGGGAUGGAGUCUGCAGGUAUUCAUGAGACCACAUACAACAGCAUCAUGAAGUGUGAUAUCGACAUCAGGAAGGAUUUGUAUGCCAACAACGUACUGUCUGGAGGUACCACCAUGUACCCUGGUAUCGCUGACCGUAUGCAAAAGGAAAUCACUGCAUUGGCUCCCAGCACCAUGAAAAUCAAGAUAAUUGCUCCUCCCGAGCGCAAGUAUUCAGUCUGGAUCGGUGGCUCCAUUCUGGCCUCACUUUCCACCUUCCAGCAGAUGUGGAUUAGCAAGCCUGAAUAUGACGAGGCUGGUCCAUCUAUUGUACACCGCAAAUGCUUUUAAACUGUUAUCUCUUCUCUCCCCCGCCUCUUUUUUCCUCUCUCUUUCGUAUCUUGUUGCAACAAAAAACUGUGAACGUGCAAUGAGAGAAAAAUACUUCCUACUGUUUUCAUUCCAUUGCUCUAUCACCAGACAUUACCUGUAGCUUUAACUGAAUGAAUGGGAGUUUUUAAAAUAAAGUCAGAAUGUGCUGCCAGUAUUUUCACAAUUGUCUUGUGUUUCCUGAUAUAUAUUUGAUACCUAUUUAUUUAGCUAAUGGCUAACUAGUUUGACAUAAACAAAAAUAAGCAUGCCAGAUAAAAUUUAAACCUAUACCUUGGUUUAUUUAUUUCAAAAUAUCAAUGGUUCUGUGGCACCAUGUUUCAUUUUAAAAUUGCUUUGAACCUUUUGACUUCAGAUUAAAAGGCCUCCCAUUGCUGCACUUAUAAUCUGUCCACAUUUUCCUAUAUUUCCUUUCACUAAGAUGUGUUCUGCUUUUACUUGCUUCGGGGGAUACAGUUAUCUUAAAGUUAUUGCUAUUAAAAAAAUGGUUUCAUAAACUAUUGUAAAAGAUGCUUGUUUAAAGCAGUCCAGUUGGUUUCUGAAUUCAGUUGUGGCCUGUGCUCUUACUGAGUUCUGACAUCCAAGUAAAAAAAUCUAUGAGAAUGUCCCUGAUCAUGUAGAAAUCAGUCUUAUUGAAAAUACUGAUAUUGCUGGUGACCAUCAUUCCUGCAUCAUAAAAACCAAUGCAAUUAACAACAACAGGUUUAUACAUUGUGAUAUGGCCAUAAAUCUGUACCCUUCUACUUUUCUCUCUAUUCUCAUUAUUUUGUAACAAUACUAGGCCAUAUUUCUAAACUCAAAAAAAUUAAGAGAAACACAAGUACCAAAGAGAUUAAUAUUUAUUGGUUUCUGAUUGAAGUGCAGAUUCGAUUUUAUAAACAGUCUUGUGGAUAACUAGCAUUUAUAAUUUCACAUUAUGCCUGUGAAAUAUUUGGUGCAUUUCAAAAAUAAAUAUUAGCGACCGGUAUGCAUUUUUUUGUAACAUGAAUAUACAAAAAGAGCAUUAAAUAAUCCAGUUGGCCAAAACUGGUCAUUGAAAUUUGAAAGCGACAUUUGUGUCCUUACAAUAGAAAUAAUUUAUACCGACUCCAUGUAUGUGGUAGUCUCACAUUGUCACCUCAUGUCCAAGAUGAUUAUAUUCAUAUCUUUUAUAAUAAUGUGUUUGCAAGUCUGUAAAAGAAUCAGACAUAAGUUUGACAUUUAUUGUUCCAUUCACAGAGUACUGUAUUAAACAAGCAAGCCUCAUAUGCAAUCCUC